AUGCCUACUCAAGACCGGAUGUUGUUGAACUUGGUCAUCGUUGUUCUGAUUGCUUCGGAGUUUCUUCCAGCGGCUUGUCAUGAGCUGAUCGGGGGAUCGACCGUGGGGCAGGUGCUCGAGAGCCUGUCAGAUCUCUUCCUCCAUUACGAGUGUGCGAUACUUGGAACUCAACCGUCGGCAGACUGCAGCUCCUUGGGUCCAACGACUGGCAUUCUUUCGCCUUAUGAUGUCGUCCAACAAGUUCCUGCCGUACAGAUACAGCAAAAUCCGACAAAUUUGUUGGAAGAAUUGGCAGGAGGACGAGGAGGCAUCCAAGACAUCUUCCAUGAGCGAGAACAGGUCCUCGGCAAAGUGAGAAGUGCAGCGCAAGUGACAUUGGUCAACGAAACAACCUUUCUCGACCCAAGACUGACUGGAUCUCAGCUGAAUGAAAUUGUCAAUGGUCAGCGUGUACAGAUUGACGAAUGUACAGUGUACAUGCCGCUCGCAUGGAAUGAAACUUCAGUGUAUAGCUUCUGUAAUUUAUCUCACAGCCUCUGUCUCCAAAUGAAGAACAUCUCUUUGAAUUCGUCGAACACUUAUCUUGCAAAUCAAUACUUUAUCGCUCAGGACGGGAACGUGGUAAUGCUCUCGAAUGAUCUCUCAAGUUCAAAGAUCAACGACUUGGCGAUGUUAAACACAUCCUGGUACAAACAUUUGAUGUAUCCAAGCAAGCGGGUUGUCUUCGUGCUCGAUGCUGCACUGUUUUCCGCGAGCGUCUGCGCGGCGAUGGACAUUGCGAUGGCUCAAGUUGAGGCGUUGAUCAAGUACUGGGUCUCUCCUGUCGACUUGUUUCAGCUCAUUCUGGCGUCUGAAAGACCUUACGUCGUCCCCUCGGCCUCCGGCAAAUCUCUGUUGUCUGCCUCACAAGAACAUCUACGACUUGUAACUGACUGGGCAAAGCAUAACGACUUCACUAAUGUCUCAUACUCCAAUCUGACUGCCGCAGUAGAUGUGGCCUUGGAUUAUCUUGCUGGUAGUGAAACCAGCAAUCAUCCGUCCAACUUUAUUGUGAUGCUGUCAAGCGUGAACGGCUUUGCUGGCAAUGACCCUCAAAGUAAACGUUUUUCAUCGGUGCAGAAUAGAACAAUCUUUGUUGGGAUAGUUGUAGACGACGCUGUGACUAUGAACACGAUGACCUCAACAAAAUUCCUGAAUGAUUUGAAAUGUGAAAUUGGCGGAACUGUCGAUGAUAGGGAGAAGUUGAUCGCUCUGAGCUCGCUGAAGCUGAUUCAAAGCCUUAAGACAGUAUCUUUCGAGGACGAUCGUCGUAUCUGGAGUAUCCACCUCCCGCGCUCAAGUGCCGAUACAUGGAAUCAGAGUCACACCGACAGCUUCAUUGCAGCGCUGGAAUGGAGUUGCGGUCUAAGUCCUCCUGGUGCUGUCGGAGUCAUCAGAGCAGACUAUUCAGAUGAAGUGCUGAUGAAUCUGCUUGAACUGAACAGCUUCUACCCAGUCAAAUCGUUCAGGAUUGUUUCAACUGCACUCCUUGGCAGUCUAGACGCUUUGACGAUGCAAGUUUCUUAUUCAAGGCUCGCCACACUGUUUGACGAAGCCAGAAGCGAUCAGAUGAGACUGUGUUGUUCUUACAUCCCCAUCGCCAUGCAGCGCAACUCUAGUUGCGUAGAGUUCACCAUGCAAGCUAAGGGGUCGGGCAGGUCCAGCAGCACUGGAAGGAAGUUGAUGUUUUGCUGGAGGGCGAUCGCAGCAUCUCCUCUCUCGCUGGUUGGAAGGUUUCAGCUUAGCAGCAGCUGGACGUCUCCAGCAAGGAGCUCACUUUAUUUGUUGCAAGUCCCUGCAAUCAGCUUCUUGCCGCUCUGCCAGGAAGACAAUCGGACGCAGCGCUGCUGGAACAACUCGUACUCGACCAUGGCUGCUUGCUUUCAUCGCCUCGAUCUCCUCCGCCCUCUCAUACCCGCCAGGUUCUCGUACCCGUGGGGCGGCACAAGGGCCUGCGGGACAGUCUGGUGCACUUACGACACAAGCGUCUGGUUUGCAACGCCUGCUGCCUUGUACGGGAGGAGCUCGUUGAGGCAAGGGGACCUGAGCCUUCAGGAGCUGUUAGCGUUGAACGAGCAGAUCAAGUCCAGCGCCUCCAGCACGCGUGGACAUGCCUGGGGACUCCAUCCAUCUGCUGUAAAGUGCAUCCAAGUCAGUUCUAACAUGGAGGAGUACUGGAAACACACGUUGGGAAUUCGCGGAAGACAAACAGACGGCAAUGCACUCUACAUUGACAACAGCACCUUCACCUCCAAGACAAGAUCGGACGUGCUCGAGCUGUUCUUCGGAUGUUUGUCUGGUGUACUUCGUUCUUAUCCUGGAGCUAUGAGGAGUUCAGAGCCCCUUCAUAACUACACCGAGAGUACAUGGUUUCAAUCCGCUCUGCUCAAUCCAGACCUGAUGUCGAUUUCGACUCCAACUGCGAAUCUCAAUCGUACAUAUGUGACCAUCUCAAAGGCUCUCUAUCUCUCCACAUCGCCAAACGUCUCUACCUCGCGGUUUCCGCUUGGGGUGACUGGAGUUCUGCUAUCGUAUGCCUCGUUCGUGGCGGAUAUUAAGGCCAAACUGAGCGGAGUGGGAGCAAGAUCCAUCUUGACAUCUCUCGACAACGGGCUGCUCCUCUUCAUCAUGACGAAGAACCUGCAUGUUAUAGUCGACAAGAGCAGUCUCGAUGAAGCUGCUUCUUUUGAGACGUAUGCUCUACAAGACAAGCAUGCCAACAUCUUGCAAUAUCUUGACGAGAAGGACGUGUUGGUGCGGACAUGUCUGAAUGGCAACGAAUGUGUAUUUCAAGUCAACCAUGAGGUCCUGGUGAAUUGGACUGAACAGAGACAGUCUGCUGCUGCAGCCAGGGGAGAGACUUCUAUGGAGCAUGUGGGUGUGGAGUUUCAUAGAGUCAGGUCCUUGGGUCCUUAUGUGAUCAUGAUGAGAACGUUUCUAUACCUGAUCCCUCGCUCUACCUUGUAUCUUCUUGUUGUAGAUGGCUACUACGAAGCGAUCUCAAGCCCGCAGCUGGAGGUACGACGACUGAGGGAGUUGGUGCCGACAGUAUGGGGUAGGAACAUGACCGAGGCGUUCCAAGCUGGGAGCUACCUGAUCUCGACGCUGCCGAGUCCUGCUUGUCAAGCAUCGUCAAGGAGAAGUGAUCAGUUCCCCGUCGCCUCCUGCUCAUCGUCUACUCCUGUCUGGCUCUUGGUUAUCUACGGAGUCGUCGGAGCCGGCGGGAUCCUCCUGCUAGCUCUCUGCUGGGCUAUGCCAAAGCUCCUGCGGCGACGCAUGGCGUGGGAGGUCAAGAGAGCGCUGGAGAAGGAGCAAGGAUCAUGGGAUUCUUCGAGCGAGCGGGUUAAGAGGAGUGAAGGCGAUGCGGAACAUGCGAUGUUGUUCACCAUGUCAGACUUCGACCGACUGAUUGAGAAGCAGAAGCGACUGAUUGAGAGCUUCUUGCGACAAGACACACUGCUCGAGACGACAGUUGCCAGAGACCUCAAGGGCAUCUUGGAGGCGGUUCGAUCCUUCCACGACCAGCUAGACCACAUCCAGCUACGAUCAGCCCAGCAGCAGCUCAAGUUAGAUUGCGAGAAUAGAAAACCUUCACAGAAAGCAAGAAGCUUUGCGGUCCAGGCUCGAUGA